AUCUCUGCGCUUUUCUUCUCCUUUCCUUUCAUUCCGUUUUUUCUUUCUUUUAAAUUUUGUUGAAUUUUUACGGAAACAAAAUGGAUAUGGUGGAAACUUUUGUUAGAUUUACUGGCGGUUCCACCGAGUCUCAGGGAGAAGAAGAAGAAGAAGAAGAAGAUGAAAGAAGCAAAAUCUUUUUACAGAUAAAACCCUACUGUUUGGAGCUUCUUGAACUUUCCCAAAACCCUAAAAAGCAUGCCUCUUCUAUUCCAGCAUUGCUCCACCUGCUUCGCUCUUCCCCGCCCGAUUCUCUCCAGCCGUUCUUUGACUACACUUUGUUUCCAUUGCUUCUUUUGCUGGAUGCUGCAGUUGAUUGCAGAAGUUCGCGGAACAAAAGUGAAAUUAGUAAUAAUAAACGAGUAAGUGAUAAAGUAGCAGAAGGAGUGGUGGCGUGCUUGGAAGAGCUUCUCAAGAAAUGCCAUUUGGGUUCUGUGGAUCAGAUGGUCGUGGUUCUGAAAAAAUUGACUUAUGCUGCUUUGCUUUCUUCAUCUGAGGCAUCAGAAGAGUUUCGUGAAGGAGUUAACAAGUGUUUCAGGGCUUUGCUUCUGAAUUUACUUCAUUGUUCUAAUCAGUCCUGCUUGUGCAAACAAAGUCUUGAUCUCCCAAUGCUCUUAGAAACUAGAGACUUACUGAUACCAAAUAGAACUCUGAAGCUUGACUUGGAACAAGGAGAAUGUUUACUGGCAUUUUUGCAGUCAGAAGCAGCUUCGGCUGCUGUGGGACACUGGCUAUCUCUUCUUCUCAAAGCUGCUGAUACUGAGGCUACACGAGGACAUCGAGGCAGUGCAAAUCUUCGUAUUGAAGCCUUUUUAACCCUACGUGUUCUUGUUGCUAAGGUAGGUACUGCAGAUGCGUUGGCUUUCUUCUUACCUGGUGUCAUUAGUCAGUUUGCCAAAGUGUUGCACCUUUCAAAAGCAAUGAUAAGUGGGGCUGCUGGAAGUGUAGAAGCUAUUGACCAAGCAAUUAGAGGAUUGGCUGAGUACCUUAUGAUAGUCCUUGAAGAUGAAGCCAAUUUGUCUGGUCUUGAUAUGUACAAAGAUGAUUCUUUUGGCCAUAAUUCAAAUAAGUACAAAUCUACAACUUCAUUCUUGGAUGAACUCCGUCAAUUGCCAUUGAAAGCUCAGGGCAGAAGAGUGCUAGAAAGUGUAAAUGGUGAAUCAAUCAAUUCAGUUAGUUCUAAGACUGAAUCUGGAGUAAAAAGUAGCCCAGAUCUUUUCAAAGGACUGGGGUCUUUUCAUGUAGAUCGUACAAAAGAGUGGAUUGAGAAAACCUCUGGGCACGUGAACAAACUAUUAUGUGCAACAUUUCCCUCUAUAUGUGUUCAUCAAGCGAAAAAGGUGAGGCAUGGGCUUUUUAUUGCCAUUCGAGGUCUGCUAUUGAAGUGCAAUUUCACGCUGGAAAAGAGCAAACAGAUGUUUUUGGAGUGCUUAUGUGCUUUGGUUAUUGAUGAAUCUGAAGAGAUUUCAGCAGCUGCCCAGGACUUCAUGGAAUAUUUGUUCUCCGCCUCUGGGAAACAUCAUGUAGAACAUGACAUUGCUGUGAUUUUUAGCAGGCUUAUUGAAACACUUCCAAAGAUUGUGCUCGGGAGUGAUGAAUUACUUGCACUUUCACAUGUUCGACAAUUGCUUACAGUGAUAUAUUAUUCUGGUCCUCAGUUUUUGUUGCAUCACCUGCAAUCUCCUAUUACAGCUGCCAGAUUCUUGGAUGUUUUUGCCCUCUGUCUUAGUCAGAAUUCGGCUUUUACUGGUUCUCUAAACAAGCUUGUUUCAACAAGGUCGUCUUCAAUAGGAUACCUUCCCUCUGUUGCUGAGUUGAAAGGAUUACAUGUUGUGGGUGAGAGUGAGAUCUUACACCGUGCUGCUUCAUCUAAAAGUUCAAAGCUCAUGGGUAUUCAUGAAAUUGGAAAACAACACACUGCAGAAGCUAGGCAGACAUAUCUUAAGCUGCCAUGCAUGCCCCCUUGGUUUGUUUAUGUUGGUGGUCAAAAGUUAUACGAGGCUCUUGCUGGGAUUCUUAGACUUGUAGGUUUAUCUUUAGUGGCAGACUAUAAAAGUGAAGGCCAUUUAUCAGUUAUUGCCGAUAUUCCGUUGGGUUACUUGCGUAAAUUGGUUUUGGAAGUUAGACAGAAGCAAUACACUAAAGAAAGCUGGCAGUCUUGGUACCAUCGAACUGGUUCAGGGCAGUUACUGCGCCAGGCCAGUACCGCUGUAUGUAUUCUAAAUGAGAUGAUAUUUGGCAUAUCAGAUCAGGCAGUUGAUGCUUUUAGAAGAAUGUUUCAGAAAUCCAAGAUAAAAGGGGUAGAUUUUCCGGAAUCUGAUGAAAUAUCUUCCGAUGGCCAGCCUCACAAACUUAAAUCUGCUGUGGUGGAUGAAUGUGUUUGGAAAGUUGCAUUGCAGAAGGGUUCUAGGAGUCACUUCAUUGAUUGCAUUGGGAAAAUCUUACAUGAAUAUCUAUGUUCUGAAGUUUGGGAUCUUCCUGCAGAUCAUCAGUCUAUGCUAAUGCAAUCUGAUGCUGAAGUUGAAGAUAUCACUUUGUAUUUCUUCCGUGAUAUUUCCAUAUUACAUCAGGUUAUUAUUGAUGGAAUAGGAAUCUUUGCUUUGUCCCUUGGAAGUGAUUUUGCUUCCAGUGGUUUCUUACAUUCGUCUCUGUAUCUGUUGCUUGAGAAUCUUAUAUCCUCAAACUUUGAAGUUAGGAGUUCCUCUGACGGCGUUUUACAUCUUCUUUCCACUACAGCUGGCCAUUCAACGGUUGGGCAAUUGGUUUUGGCAAAUGCUGAUUAUAUUGUUGAUUCUGUAUGCCGGCAAUUACGGCAUCUGGAUCUAAACCCUCAUGUGCCAAAUGUGCUUGCUUCGAUGCUUUCCUAUGUUGGAGUGGGUUAUAAGAUAUUGCCUCUGUUAGAGGAACCGAUGCGCUGCGUUGCACAGGAGCUUGAAAUUCUUGGCAGGCAUAAACACCCAGAUUUAACUAUUCCAUUUUUAAAGGCUGUAUCUGAGAUUAUAAAGGCAUCUAAGCGUGAGGCUUUUUCCCUGCCCUCCCAAGCAAACUCUAAUCUGAUGCAUUUCAAGUCCAAAAUAUCUGAAAGAGAAAAGAAAGUUCUACCAGAACUAAGACAAGGAUCAAGCUCAGAUUCUGCUGAUGAGAUUGAUGGGAUUCCCAUGGAAUCAGAGCAAUGGGACAAUAUUGUGUUCAAGUUGAAUGAUUCCAGAAGAUAUAGGCGAACUGUUGGAUCUAUUGCUGGUUCAUGUUUAACUGCGACAACUCCUUUGCUGGCUUCUACGAGUCAAGCAGCGUGCUUGGUGGCACUGGACAUUAUUGAGGAUGGCAUAGCAGCACUUGCAAAAGUCGAAGAUGCCUAUAGGAUUGAAAAGGAAACCAUAGAAGCAGUUGAAGAAGAGCUUGAAUCGUGUUCAUUAUAUCAGCUGAAAGAUAAUUUGACUGCUGCUGACGACAGUACCGUUGAGAACCGGUUGCUUCCAGCAAUGAAUAAAAUUUGGCCGUUCUUGGUUGUUUGCGUUCAACAAAAAAACACAUUGGUUGUCAGGAGAUGUUUAAGUAUUGUAAGCAGUGUCGUGCAAACUUGCGGUGGAGAUUUUUUCUCCCGCCGGUUCCACACGGAUGGAGCUCAUUUCUGGAAACUCUUAAGCUCAUCUCCAUUCCAAAAGAAGGCAAACAUGAAAGAACGAGCCCCAUUACAACUUCCAUACAGGAGUGGUAAUGUUUAUUCAGAGGACUCUGUCGCAGCAGAAACCUCGAGUUUGAAAGUACAGGUAGCACUGCUUAAUAUGAUUGCUGAUUUGUCCCAAAGCAAAAGAAGUGCUUCAGCAUUGGAAGUUGUUAUGAAGAAGGUAAGUGGUAUUGUGGUGGGAAUAGCGUGCAGCGGAGUCGCCGGGCUUCACGAUGCAUCGGUGAAUGCGCUAAAGGGACUUGCAUCCAUCGACCCUGAUCUUAUAUGGAUUCUUGUAGCUGAUGUUUACUAUUCAGUGAAGAAGAGUGGGUUGCCUUCACCACCAACCUCGGAUUUUCCACCAAUCACUGAAAUUCUGCCACCAGCAGCGUCUUAUAAGGAGUUCCUUUACGUGAAAUAUGGAGGGCAGAGUUAUGGUUUUGAUGUAGACAUUUCGUUCCUCGAAACUCUAUUUGGGAAAUUGCAAACUUUUGGUGUUAUCUAAACCCAUUCACAGCUCAAUUUUUGUAUAUUUAAA